AUGUCUCCGGCUUACUUUCCUCUCCGUUGGGAAAGCACCGGCGAUCAGUGGUGGUACGCUACUCCCAUUGAUUACGCCGCCGCCAACGGCCAGUACGACUUAGUCCGUGAGCUUCUCCGGAUAGACUCCAACAACCUCAUGAAGCUCACUUCCCUCCGGAGAAUUCGCCGUCUCGAGACCGUCUGGGACGACGAAUCACAGUUCCACGACGUCGCCGCCUGCAGAUCACGCGUCGCUAGAAAACUUUUCGCCGCCUGCGACGAAGGUGGUGGUGCGAGAUCCAAGAAAAACACUCUUAUCCGGUCUGGUUAUGGCGGGUGGUUGAUGUACACGGCAGCCUCCGCCGGAGAUCUAGGCUUCGUUCGCGAUCUCCUCGAGAUGAAUCCUCUGCUUGUGUUCGGCGAAGGAGAGUACGGCGUUACGGACGUACUCUAUGCCGCUGCGAGAAGCAGAAACGACGACGUAUUCCGUCUGGUUUAUGAUUUCGCGGUUAGUCCGAGGUUUGGAACCACCGGCGGUUUUGAUCAGGAAGCCGGAGAGAUCCCGGCGGCUUACAAAAGGGAGAUGAAGAACAGAGCAGUUCACUCUGCUUCUAGAGGAGGCAAUUUGAUCAUUCUCAGAGAGCUUCUGAGUGAUUGCUCCGUCGAACAAGUCUUGGCCUUUCGAGACAAACAGGGCUCCACAAUCCUCCAUGCCGCUGCCGGAAAAGGAAAAACUCAGGUGGUUAAAGAGCUUGUGGCUUCCUACGGUGGUUUAAUGGGAGCCGUAGACAACCAAGGGAAUACGGCUUUGCACGUUGCAGCCUACCGUGGCCAUGCUGAUCUUGUGGAAGCUCUGAUCUCGGCCUCUCCGUCUUUGAUCUCCGCAAGAAACAACGCCGGUGAUACUUUCCUACACGCCGGAAUCUCUGGUUUCCAGACUCCGGCGUUCGAGAGGCUUGACAAGCACACGGAGCUCAUGAACCGUCUGAUCACAUCCGCUGCCUCAAGAUCAGCUGGAGAUGUCGUGAAUUAUAGGAACAAGGAGGGACGUACGGCUCUACACUUGGCAAUCUCCGGGAAUGUUCCUCUUGAGUUGGUUGAGAUGCUCAUGUCUGUCAAAUCGAUUGAUAUUAAUAUAAGGGAUUCCUCUGGUAUGACUCCGCUUGACCUCAUCAGGCAGAAGCCGCAGUCUCCGACGUCGGAUCUCCUUUUCCGACGGUUGGUAUCAGCCGGAGGGAUGUUCAGCUCUCGUGAUCAUAGCAUCACAAGCGUGGUUGCGUCUCACUUGAAAGACAGAGGAAGCUUUUACAGCCCUGGAGCUCGUUUCAGGACAUCAGACGCUGAGAUCUUCCUGAGCGCCGGAGUUGAAGUUGUGCCUGACAAGACUGGUUCUGUUGUUUUCCCUCGACACGUCAGAUCAAGCUCCUGUUCCAUUGAGAUUGGUCAGGUACAUGUGACGACGGAUGAGAAUCAUCAUCUCAAGAAAUGCAGAAACUCUUCCUCUGUUAACUCUGCAACAGAGAGAUUGAAAAGCGUUUUCCACUGGCCGCGGAUCAAGAAACAACCUGGACAUUCCAAGAACGUUUGUGAGAUCAGCAUCGCUGCUUCGAUGACAGCUCUUGAGACGCAAGAAGAAGCUCCUGUGCCUCUCCGACAGAGAUUCUCAAAAAGCAGCACUCCGUCUCCUGCUCUGCCUAACAAUAACAAAAGAGCAUUAGCAGUAAGAAGUAACCAGUCGAGUCCAAGAGCCAAGAAGAAACGGUUUGGACCUGUGCGGUCUCGUUCGAGCUCUUUUUCGAAAAUAUCGAUCCAUUCUUCUUCCACAUCUUCAUCAUCGAGCAUGGUUGAUCUUAAGCAGAAGGGAGUGUUGAUGGACACGAGCAUAGCUGGACCGUCUGGCUUGAACCGCCCUGAGGUCAUGGAGCCGGUGAUCAAAAGCAAGUCAAGCGAGAAGCAAGGUUCGGUGAGGAGGAGAUUGAAGAGCCAUUACUUCUGCUUUGGUGCUUCAGCUUUGUCUGUGAAAACGCCGGUUACGGUCAUGAUAUAA